UAGAAGCCGGCAGGCACGUCAGAGCCUAGAGAUAGACAUAGAGAUAGACUAGAGAGGUCUCAAAGAGCACCUGGUGCAGCAUCCUCCUCCUUCUUCAUCACCAAUGCCAUCAUCAUAGCCCUAAUAAGCCCUAUAAAAUCCACCUAUGAACCUAUAACCCUAUAUCACUCUCUCCUUCUUCCUCUUUCCUCCAUCCAUCCUCUUUUGCCGCCGCCGCCGACGACGACGACGACGAUGACGACGACGAUGAACAAGCGAGAUUUUUCAGUUUAACUAUCACUAUCAGCACCACCGGGUGAGAGACAUUAGGUUUGGAUCAUUGUAGAUCUAGGGUUGUUUUGGAUGGAGGUGGUUGCGAGGGGUUCGUGCGUUUGCGGUGGAUUUGUUGAGAUUGGUCAGGGAGUCUGCAAUUCGUGUGGAAGAUUGCGAGCUGAUGCGUCGGUUGCUCGUUUGAGUACGCGGUCGAUGGAGAUGGGUUGGGGAGGCAGUGGUGUCCGUCUCUGUAUCCCUAGGUUGAUCGUUGGAGCGCUUUCUGGAGCUCUCACUGGCCUCUUUGCUCUAGCUGGAGCUUUUACUGGGGCAGUUACUGGUGCAUUGGCUGGUAGAGCAUCUGAUAGCGGUGUUAUUCGUGGAGCGGGGCUAGGAGCUGUUGCUGGGGCUGUUCUUUCUGUGGAAGUCUUGGAGGCUUCUCGUGCUUACUGGUGCUCUGAGCAAACUGGCUCUCGAAGUACAUCAUCCAUGGCAGAUUUCAUUGAGGAGCUUCUUCAUGGUCGGUUAAUGCAAGAACAGAUUGCACCUGGAAUGUUUUCAACAUAUCGUGGGCAGGUUAACGUCUCAGACAUAGGCCAGGAGGAUAUCUAUGACAUUUUUGGAGAGGUUGCUUCAAAAGGAUUGUCAAAAGAGUCUUUAAAGAAGCUUCCGUGGCAUAUUAUAAGCGAUGAAAAUAGAGAUGGUAAUGAAGAUAGGGUCUGUUGCUCAAUUUGUCUGCAGGAUAUGGUAAUUGGGGAGACAGUGAGAAGGUUGCCGGUAUGUUCCCAUACAUUCCAUUUAUCAUGCGUGGACAAAUGGCUCAUUUCUCAUGAGUCUUGCCCAAUAUGUAGGCAGGGUGUGUAGCUGUGUGGUAUUUAUGCCCUUUUUUUGUAAAUCAUCUGGUACAUUCUCAUCUACACUAGUUUUCUUGUAUCUUUUAGAUUGUUUAGGUUCUGAUCGUCUUGCAACCAAGGAAGUGCCGCAUGAGUUUUAUGGUGCUCUAAACCUUCUGUAAAGUGGAGACACCUGGUGGUCUAAACCAUUUGUAAAUUGAAGAGGGUCUCUCAAUGUCCUAAAAAAUCCCGGAAUUUUCUUAUUUAAGUGCUUCUAAUGCUGUUGCAUU